CCGGGCACAGGGGAGGCAAGUGCCGGAAGACUUACCCCCGGAGCCACACUGGUGGGAGGCACAGGCGGGUGCCGGUGUGCGCGGAGGCUCCUGCGUGCCUAGCAGUCUCCACCUGCCCAGUGACCAUGAUAGUGUUUGUCAGGUUCAACUCCAGCCAUGGUUUCCCAGUGGAAGUCGAUUCUGACACCAGCAUCUUCCAGCUCAAGGAGGUGGUUGCUAAGCGACAGGGGGUUCCAGCUGACCAGUUGCGUGUGAUUUUCGCCGGGAAGGAGCUUAGGGAUGACUUGACUGUGCAGAGCUGUGACCUGGACCAGCAGAGCAUCGUUCAUGUUGUGCUGAGACCCUGGAGAAAAGGCCCAGAAAGGGAAGGAAGUGACGGCCCACAAAACGCCCUGGAGGGCUCGAGGAGAGAGCCUGAGAGCUUGACCCGUGUGGACCUCAGCAGCUCGGUCCUCCCUGCGCACUCGGUGGGUCUGGCUGUGAUCCUGAAUAAUGACCGUGAGGAGACCCUGCCAGCUGGAAGGCCAGCAGGUAGACCGCCUUACAACAGCUUUUACGUUUAUUGCAAAGGCCCCUGCCAAAGAAUACAGCCAGGAAAACUCAGGGUGCGGUGUGGUACCUGCCGACAGGCGACGCUCACCUUGGCCCAGGGUCCAUCUUGCUGGGACGAUGUCUUAAUCCCAAACCGGAUGACUGGUGAAUGUCAAACUGCAAGCUGUCCUGGGACUACAGCCGAGUUUUUCUUUAAAUGUGGAGCACACCCAACCGCUGACAAGGAAACAUCAGUGGCUUUGAACCUGAUCACAACAAACAGUCGAGGCAUCACCUGCAUAACAUGUACCGACAUCAGGAGCCCUGUGCUGGUUUUCCAGUGCAACCAUCGUCACGUGAUUUGCUUAGACUGUUUCUACUUAUACUGUGUGACAAGACUUAACGACAGGCAGUUUACCCAUGACCCUCAGCUGGGCUACUCUCUGCCGUGUGUGGCUGGCUGCCCCAACUCCUUGAUUAAAGAGCUCCAUCACUUCAGGAUCCUUGGAGAAGAGCAGUACAACCGGUACCAGCAAUAUGGCGCUGAAGAGUGUGUGCUCCAGAUGGGGGGCGUGCUGUGCCCUCACCCUGGCUGUGGAGCAGGGCUGCUUCCCGAGCCAGGCAGGAGGAAGGUCACUUGUGAAGGGGGAAAUGGUCUGGGCUGCGGGUUCGUCUUUUGCCGGGACUGUAAGGAAGCGUACCAUGAAGGUGAAUGCAGCACCCUGUUUGAAGCCUCAGGAGCAGUUUCUCAGGCCUACAGAGUUGACGAGAAGGCCGCGGAACAAGCUCGGUGGGAAGAGGCCUCUAAAGAAACAAUCAAGAAAACCACCAAGCCCUGUCCCCGUUGCCAUGUGCCAGUUGAAAAAAAUGGAGGAUGCAUGCACAUGAAGUGCCCGCAGCCCCAGUGCCGUCUGGAGUGGUGCUGGGCCUGCAGCUGCGAGUGGAACCGCGCCUGCAUGGGGGACCACUGGUUCGACGUGUAGCUGCAGCCCUGCGCGCGCCCCCUGCCGGCCGGCUCGGAAAGGCGCGCGAGUCCCGCCAUGCCCUGGUCUUCUGUCUCCAAAUGCUCGCUCUCUCUCUCUCUCCCUCUCUCCCUCUCUCACACGCACACGCAGCCCUCAAGGUCCUUCCAAAACUACAAAAACAAAGUCAGAGGAGAAGCUCCUCGCAUCUCUUGCUUUGUGCCCAUGAAAAAGAGCGAGAAGUAUUCUCAGGCCUCAGCAAUACGCACAACCCAGAGCAGAGGUGAAAGUGCGGUUCCGCUUUUUUGUGUGGAUGGCCAUUCCCGCGUCAUUUCGAGUCAGGCUAGACACGUACAUAGAGAUUCCUCAGGUUUUUUUCAUUUCUCGCAUUUUACCUUCAGCAACGACUGGGUGAGUUCUCUGUAAGACUGACCGCGACGGAUUCUGAGCACUGUACUCACUUUAAGAGCAAUGUUCUCAUUUAAGGUUUCAGAGAGCAUCUGUUCCCGAAGAACCACAGGCAAUAGUCAAGACUGCCUUUAUCCCCAAGAAUCCUACUAUAUAUAUAUAACAUUGACGGAACAUCAACUAAUCGGCUUGUCAACUAGUGAGAAAUUAUGAAAGCUGAUUUGAAUGUUGAAUGAUUAAAUUCCAGGAGAGAAAUCAAAACUCCAUGUACUUUCAUUCUAUUUCAUUAUUCGCGACUUUAGAAAGAACUUGUUUUUUCUGAAAAUAAUUACAAAGUCUAUAAUUCGGCCUCAGACAUUCAUUUUGCGGCUUGGAGAACAAGCUAGCACCUUUGGCUUCGCUGUAAAUUUAAUGGAUAAGGGGCCCAGAGGGGAGACAUUUUUAUAAAUGGCUUUAUAAUGGUUCUCAAUGGUAACAAAAGUGCAGAGUGUUAAAGCAGGAUCUUUAAAGAAGGAGCAUUUCCGGGGCUAUGGAAAUGAGGCCAAACCUGAUUCUGCACCACAGGAGUUUAAGCUGUCUCUGCACCUGCUCCGUGCCCCCAUCUGCACACCCCAGGGGCUCUGCCUACCCAGUGGGUUACUCCAGGGAGAGCCCUUUUCUCUAGGACAGUACAGUGACACCAGAAGGUUUCCUCACAUUGACAUGGAUCGAAAUGGAGCCUUCACCAAGUUUUUGUCUUUUUUUUUUUUUUUUGAGGCAUCCACAACACAUCAAAAAGAGAUAUGUUUCACUAAAUGCAACAAACCUCGUUUCCUACAGCACACCCUACAGAUGAAAACGUAUAAGCACCGUCGUUUGUUCUCAUUGUCUGUCUUCUCAGGGACAAUCGUGACCACAGCAUAAUGAGUUUCACUAGCCCAUGGGGUCCUCUUUGGAUGUAGGGCACCUGGAAAUGAUCAAAUCGGUAGCAAGGCUUCUCUUUGUAGACAUAGCACCAGAAAUCCUUGCUAGGGAGAGAGAGGGAAUGACCUCAGAAUAUUUCCCAAGGACCUCCGUCCCUCUUUCCCUAACCAUCCAUCCAGGGGCAGUCCUGCCUGAUCUCCCUCUUCUCUCAGAGGCUAGACCUGGGACAAGAUGGGGUGUGGCAGCCACAGUGGCAUUAAUAGCCUCAUUUGGCUUCGCUCUGUCAGAAAAUCCAGCCUCCCCAACGUGACCCCAAAGCUUCCAGACUCCCAUCAGGAAGCCCUUAAGAUCACAGAGAGGUCCUGGAGAGCCAUCAUCUGUGAGUGUGAGAAAAAGGAGGGUCAGUAGGCGUGAGCCCACGUGUCCCGGUAUCAGCGAUCAGUCCAAAACCCACUCAGGGACUGACUGCACAGUACUGACAAUCCCAGUAAGUAGCAGCUUCUUACAGUGACCCAACGUGACAAAUCCGAUGGCUCCCUCUGUCAUGUGGAGCACCCAGUGUUUUAUAGCCACUAUAGUUUUGGGGUUCAGCGAUACUGUCGUUUUUGCUUCCUCCCAAGCUUGCAUGGUGUGUUGGAUGUGUGAAGCCCGAACAAGGGUUGCUCGCAUGGGUUCGGGCACCGUAGAAGUUUCUAGGUCUCUGCUCCUUUCCUGGUGGUGGUCUCUUUUAUUUUUUCUCCCAGAGGAGGACACUGAAACAAGGUAAAGAAAAAACAGCGUCUGUAAAUGAAUAUGAGUCACAAACCACUACAAAUGAACGUGUUUGAGCAUGAAUGCUGUAACCAAAUGUGAAUGUAUCAAAAAAGGAGAAAUAGAAUCUUUGCGGAAGAAUAUUUCUCUCUGAAAUGUGUAAAGGAAUAUUUGACAACUGAAUCUAAGGUUGUACUCAACUUAUCAAUAAAAGCAUCAAAAAAGCU